AUGGCUGGGACAUGGCUGCUACUUCUCCUGGCCCUUGAGUGUCCAGCCCUGCCCACAGGUGUGGGAGGCAGGCCCUUCCCUUCUCUGGCCCCCCCAAUUACACUGCAAGUGGAUGGAAAGCUGCGGACACUGGUGGUCUGCCUGGUCCUCGAUGUUGCACCCCCUGACCUUGACAGUCCUGUCUGGUUCUCCACUGGCAAUGGUAGUGCACUGGACGCCUUCACCUAUGGCCCCUCCCUAGCAGCGGAUGGCACCUGGACUAGCUUGGCCCAGCUCUCCCUACCCUCUGAGGAACUGGCAGCCUGGGAGCCCUUGGUCUGCCACACCAGGCCUGGGCCAGGGGGCCAAAGCCGGAGCACAGAGCCCCUGCAGCUCUCAGGAGAGGCCUCUACAGCCAGGACCUGUGUCCAGGAGCCUCAUCAGGGGACGCCGAGCCAGGCUCUGCGGCUGGGGGCACUGAGGUUACUGCUCUUCAAACUGUUGCUGUUUGACGUGCUCCUGACCUGCACUCGAGCCCCCCACCCUCACCCACCGCACUUGGCCCCAGUGACUGGCGGUCCUCACUCCACAUGCUCCCCAGCCUGCUGA